AUGAGUGAAGAUCUUCAAAAAAAGCUCCAAAGCGAGCUCACCAGCUUCAAAACCGUUCAAAAAGAACUACAAAAAGCCAUAUCGACCAGACAACAAUUGGACGGCCAAUUGAACGAAAACGAAAUCGUCAAAACCGAACUGAAUAUUUUACCGGCAGACGGGAAAGUUUUCAAAUCUGUAGGCCCAGUGUUAAUCAAAACAGAGUUGGUUGAAGCCAAGGAGAAUGUUAGCAAGAGAAUAGACUACAUAAACAAGGAGUUGAACAAAGUGGAUGGUCUCAUUGGAACUUUGGAAAAGAAGCAAGACGCUCACAGGGAAUCUCUGCAAAAGUAUCAACAACAAUUGCAACAAGCCCAAGUUAAAGCUGCUUUACACUCUUAG